AUGUUUCGAUCCCUCCGAGCAGCAGAAGAUGCUGCGAUCGAGGGAGCGACAACUGAAUGGGAUACGCAAACCUGUGAGCUGAUGAAAGACGAUUUGUUACCUGUAAGAUCUGCUGCACCUGCAGGCAACCUGACCUUGGCUUUUCCUCGACCAGGGCCCGCACUGACCCUAAAAAAGAGUAGCCCGAUUCCCCACAACGCCAACAACGCAGAGGUCGCGUCAACCAACGCGGUAUUGGAUUUCAGCUCGGGUUUUGCUUCUGCUCCCCAACUAGCUUACGUCGAACACGUCCAAGAAAAACCAGAAGUCGAAGGUGAAAGUCGACGCAUCGAGAUUCGGGAUGUGCAGGGCAACGGAAACGAGAACGAUAACCUUGAUAUCGGCCAAUCAGAAGAGUUAGACGCACUAGCACGACCACCGUCUGCGAAUGCAAUCCUACCACCACCGCCGCCGCUGCCGCUGCCGCGUUCGAAGUAUCGAGUACGACGCGACAGCAAGUUGGUCUCGCCGCCACUUCUACCUGAAGGUCAAUUGGCUGGACUGAACCAGGAGAAGCUGAGACCCAAGCAGGCCAAGAUGGACGAUUCGACGCAAAAAUCCUCGAUGUCACUGACGCAAGAGAAUCCAGACUGGGUUAACGACCAUUACCGGAUACAAGAGAAUCUCUUGGAGGAAUGCCCAUCUACUGCAACACCAGAUGAGGAUCCUCCGGCGCCUGCUCCGGGACCUUACGACAUAGCUAAGCAUACCACGCGAACGCAAUCCACGGCCUACACCUAUGAGGAGAACGAUACGGGUCAUAUCACGCUAAACUUCAACCCGGAAUCCGAAGUGGCAGAUGAAGGGGCCGAUGAGGACGAGGAGGAACCAUCUCAGGAUGCGUCCUAUGCCGUAGCACCCCCCAUACAAUACAGCAGCCAUUCCCUCGAACCCAAGACGCCAGCCCCGCCAGUCAACCCUUUCCUACAAAGGGGCAGCGUUAUGAAGGGGUUCGAACUGUUUGGAGCCACUCAGCCGUCCUCUUUCGGUCGAAAUAUGACCAGUCCUAGCUCUUCUCGCCCCUCACCUACCGUGUACAAUGACUUUAGCUCUCCUGCCAAACUACAGACCUUUGUUCCUUCGUCGCCUUCAAGAAGGAGACUUGAUCCCGAACUCCCAGAUCUGGAAUCCGAGGCUAACGAUGCGACAUCCCUUCAAUCAUCUGUACGGAACAUGCUGAGUAGGUCUCUUUCAGCAAGUAAUAAUACUCGAACUACACAGUCAUUCGACGCGGGAUUACGAAGACAACCGCAGAAACCUGAACCGAGGGCGUACAUUUCGAUGAAGGAGAGUCAGGAGAAGAGGCAGAGAAGGCAGCAAAAGAUAAUUGUCUCGGAGAGUGAGGACGAUUCCGACGAAGAGAUACAGAACCGAGUUCUACAGAAGAAGCGUGAUCUCAGGGUACAAAAGGAGCUUGCUAUGGUGGGAGUUAGCAGAAAGAGGAUGCCGUCGUCUCUUCCACGAUCCUCGGUCCCUCGGUCUUCUAGCACGCCGGCGAUCGAAGUACCUUCUACUGGACGGAGACGCAGCGUUCAAGAAGAAUCUCCUGCGCAGUGUACCGGGCACGACGCGCGGGAUACUCAACAGGACGAUAUCAUUGCUGAUUCUCAGGUGAACAAUAAUUUGGCUUCCUCGCCUACCCACCAAUCCACACCGAAAGCUAUGGAACUCCCCAAGCUACCUCGGCCAGAAGAGGAGCCGGUGACCACGGCCGCCGACGUCAAUGAGGAAGAAACAGAGGAUGAGGACGAGAAUCGAGACGGAAAUGCGGAUGGGAUCACCAACUCGUCAACGGGACCUCCAGAAAACAAGCUUUUGCCGGAUAUGUCGUCGAAUUCUGUCGCAGAGCCUAGUGCACCCGAACCCAGUCUACCACCACAGGGACUCUCUUCAAAUCAGAUCAAUCUACAAACACCUACUAGAGGAUACUCAGACACAGUCCCAGAAACCUCGCCCGUUGAGGAACGACUUCGGCCGAUGGGCGAAAUCGCGAAUGUCUCCUUUGAUCGCCAAGAUUCUGCAAUGGACCAUCUACCGGGAUUCACACCAGACGCCGAUUUUGAUGCUGCCAUGAAAGCUCGGACGUCUCCCAAACCACCCCCGUCAAGAAGAUCGAGUCUCAGAAGACAAGCCUCUUCAAAUGUGUCCAAGAACUUGCGCAGUCCCGUCACCAAUGGAGCCCUGUCGAAUGUGAGUUCUUCCGCGCUCUCCAGCCUUCCCAGCAGCCCAGCAGAUCCGACGAAACACGUAGAGACUACCAUGCAGGAAGGCUUGGCAGGACAAGACCAACCCGGAAAUCCAGAAACCGGACAGAAGGGUCACAGAGAUACAGAACUCCCCACUGAAAAUCAAUCCGCUACUGCUGGACGAGAAUCGACCAACAUGGAGCAAGCUCUCCAGACGGUCCGUGAUGGCCUAGUCGAAGAUGAUCCGAAGAGAUCACAACAACCUGAAGUCGCUGUUGAUCAGGAGGAAGCUGCCGCAGGCCUGCCAGUCCAAGAGCAGAUCGUCGGUGAAGAAGUGGAACCUGUAAAGGCUCUCAGUGCAGUUGCCCCAGAGGCACCACUACCGGAAAAUUCAAUCGCAGACACUUCAGUCGCAGAUUCAGAGGCGGCACUUCAGACCAUUUCUCCUGCACCCAAGAAGGGGCUGAAGACUUACAGCAAGGCCAGAGCAACUCGAGGCUCAAGACCUUCAGAUGUCGCUGUUGCUGCGGCCCCUACCACCUCUACGCAUCGUACCUCGUCUCGUGUAACAAAAGCCACGCCAAAAGUCCAAGUUGCGGGUGCGACAGCGACUCCGAUAUCGACACCGCGAGUAACACCCCGUACGACACCUAGUACGGAAGCUGCAAUGACUUCUGCUGGCUCGUCAACGAGGAAUUCCGCCGCCAGUUCUAUCGCGAAGCCCCCCGUUCCCUCUACCAUUGCCAUUGGCUCCACGGCGGUACCUCCUCCGCAGAAACGCACCGCAAAGCGAAAGUCAAGUACCACGGUCGUGGAAGAGCCUGUUCUGCCAACUCGGUCCUCAAAGCGGCAAUCAACAGCGAACCUGAAGGAAUGCAGCCCUGAUCCCCUUGCUCUUUCCUCUCCCCUCACUGCAGCAAGAAGGACCGCUCCGGGCUUGUUUAACAACAUGACGUUCGCAGUCUCUUACGUUGGCCACGAACGCGAGAAGAAUGAAGCCACGAAGCUAAUAUUCGAUAACGGUGGACGUAUUCUCCCCGAUGGUUUCGACAGUCUAUUUGAGACGCCAAAGUUGGGUGCCAGCCAUGAUACCGAUAUGAUACUGUCACAUUCGGCAAAGUCUGCUGGCUUUGUGGCGUUGAUCGCGGAUGAGCACUCGCGAAAAGCCAAAUACAUGCAAGCCCUUGCAUUAGGAUUGCCGUGCAUAUCUGGCCAUUGGAUAACAGCUUGCGUCACCAAAUCCUCCAUCAUUGAUUGGUCACCAUAUCUGCUUUGUGCCGGUCAGUCCUCGAUUCUCGGAAAUGCACACAAAAGCCGGGUCCUCCAGCCAUAUCCUGCUGCAGAUGCCUUGUUAAAGGAUGUAUUCUCCAAGCGAGGAAAGCUGCUCGAAGGCAAGUCUGUUCUCCUCGUUACUGGUAGAGGAAAGCAGGAGAAGAGAAAGGCGUACUCUUUUCUGGCUCGUGCUUUAGGGCCAGCACGCAUCGGCCAAGCUGCGGAUUAUCAAGAGGCGCGGAAGAGGUUGUCAGAAGGCCAGGAAGGAAAAGAGCACGCGUGGGAUAUGCUGUAUGUUGAUACCCACGAGCAAGCGGCGGAGGCGGCUGUCUUUGGCACCUCUACAGUCUCCAGCAGCGCCUCGAAGAAGAGAAAGCGAGGACCUACGCAAGCAGUAGACGACUCUCCGGCACCGAAGAAGAUCAGAAUCAUUUCCGAUGAAACGAUGAUCCAGAGUUUGAUUCUGGGGCAAUUGCUUGAUGAUUGA